AUGGCGGCGGCGCUGGAGCGGGCCCUGCGGGAGGCGGCGGCGGCGCUGGAGCGGGGCGGGGACGGGGCCGCGGCGGCGCUGGGCGCGGUGCGGGCCGCUCUGGCGGCGGCGGGGGGUCCGGCCGCCUUCGGGGAGCGGGAGCGGGCGCUCUUCGGCGCCUUCCUGCGGAGCCUGGCCCGGGCGCCCCGCGCGGCGCGGCCCGAGGGCGUGUGGCAGGGCUGCUUCCUGGAGGGCCCGCCCGGCCUCGCCCUCUGCGUCCUGCUGGAAGCCCUCGCCUCCCCGGGUCCUAGUGUUCAUCCGAGGGAGGUCAUUGAGGUACUGGAACAGUUCCUACAGGAGGGACGGAUUUCAGCGCUGAUGUGGGAGGUCUGUCAGCAGCAAGCGCAGGCUGGCUCACCUGAGCUGCAAGAGGCCCUGCUCAACAAGAUUGUAUGUUUGCCUGAUCAUGUGAGCAAUAAACUCCAGGGGAAAAACCCAGCAGUAUUCUUCCCACAGAACUACUUUCCUCUCUUGGGUGGUGCAGUUAUCCAGGUGCUGCAGAAGAUCUCUGAUUCUCUAAGAGGUGGCUUGGAUUGCUCAAUCUCUUUUGUUUCUCAUGUCCUGGGGAAGGUAUGCGUUCAUGGAAGACAAAAGGAAAUUCUGAGUGUUUUGGUACCCCGCCUAACGGAUCUCACCAAGUCAGACUGCAUCUGGCAAAGAAUAUGCUGGCGAUUGGUUGAAUGUGUGCCAGAUCGGUGGAUGGAAGCAGUGGUCCUUGGUUUUGUGCAGAGAGCACCUGGGGCAGAUGUCUUGUCUAGGUUGCUGGGGAACCUGGUUGUGAAAAACAAGAAAGCUCAGUUUGUGGUGACACAGAAGGUGCUGCUCUUGCAGUAUUGCCACACGACUGCAGUGCUGCAGAACCUCCUUGGCUACCUGUCCCUGGAUAGCCUUCGGCGUGCCUUAUUGAUCAAAGUGCUGCAAGAACUGUUGGAGACCUGGGGAAGCAGUAGUGCUGUGAAACACUCUCCACCUGAGCAGCAGCAGUAUAUUAGCAAGGCCAUCCUUAUCUGCCUCUCCCACCUGAAGGAGCCUGAAAUCGAGAGCUGCAGACAAGAGCUUCUCACAAGCAUGAUGGAGGGUGUGAAAUGCCACUUGGAUAGCAACCUGCCACAAAUACGGCGUCUGGGAAUGAUUGUGGCAGAGAGCAUUAGUUCAAAAAUAAAUACUGAUGGGCCUGUCCUGAAGUUUCAGUAUGAAGAAGAUGAUGAAGCAAGAGAAUUGAAGUCCCUUCUGGUGCAGACUCCACCAUCCUGUGUUGUCCCCAGCCUUCCAGAUGAUAACAGGAAUGAGAAAGCAGAUGCUGCACCGCCAUUGGUAUUGGAAAGUAACAAGAAAUCACAUACAACAGCCCUUGUGAUGUCAGAUGAGGAGUCGGAUGCUGAACUUGACAGUGAUGAUGACCUCAUCCCUUAUGACAUGUCAGAGGAUAAAGAACUAAAGAUUAAGGCUCCUGUGUAUAUCCGAGACUGUAUUGAAGUCCUGACAGGAUCUGAAGAUGUGGACAAAUGGGAAGCUACAGUCAAGACUCUUGAGAGCUUGGUUCGAAAGAAUCCAGCAGCAACAAGAGAGGUUAGCGUGGAGCUGGCAAAAAUAUUAUUGCAUCUGGAGGAGAAGACCUGUAUUGAAGGCUUUGUGGAACUCCGUCAGAGAGCUCAAGUAGCUGUUCUAAGCACAGAUCCAAUACCUGUAGCGAAGUACUUGACCUCCCAGUUCUACUCUCUGAACUACAGUCUUCGUCAGCGCAUGGACAUUCUUGAUGUAUUGGUUUUGGCAGCUCAGGAGCUGUCCUAUCCCAAAUCCCAUAGGAAGACCAAGCAUUCUGGUGCCCAAAACCCUUGUAUCCAGCUCCUUCCUGGAAGUGACAGUUCUAAGGACUGGAGAAGAAUUGUUGAUGAGAGGAUCAAAAGCAAGACUCGGAGAUUUGCUACGGGUCAGUCUCAAGCGGAACUGGCUUCCGGCCCAAAUGAGUUCAAUUCUGUUGUUGGGCACUUCUUUUUUCCAUUGAUUCAGCACUUUGACAGGCCUUUGACAACAUUUGAUCUCCUGGGGGAAGAUCACUUUGUCCUUGGAAGACUGGUCCACACUUUAGCAAUCCUGAUGUACUUGGCUGUCAACACUGUGGCAGUUACUGCAAUGGGAAAGGCACUGCUGGAGUUUGUUUGGGCUCUGCGUUUCCACACUGACUCGUAUGUGCGCCAGGGUCUUUUGUCCUGUAUCUCUUCCAUGCUCCUCAGUGUCCCUACGGAACGUCUUCUGCAAGACAUGACAGAAGAGCUUUUGGAGACUCAGUCCUGGCUGGGAGAUGUGGUGGAGAAAGAUCCAGAUGGGGACUGCAGGAGGCUGGCCUUGCAGAACUUGCUACUAAUGGAGAACCUGAAAAAGAAACUCAAAACUGUCCCUUCCUAGCUGAAGGGUAAAAGAAAUGACCUUUACCUUAUACUCUUGCCAGCUGGAUGUGUGUAGGCACUGCUGGGGCCUCUUCAGCAGUCACCUGGCUGGAGAAGAGGAAGAAGGGGGGAAGGGUGCCGAGCUGUAAGCCAGCAAACCUGACUUGACAUCUGGACUUUGUAGCAGAGGCCAAUUUAGUGAGCUAUUGCUAUCCGGUACGGAGUGUACAGAUGCAGGAAGGUAGGCUAGCACUGCCAUCCUCCCCACAACGCACCAGCCCCCACCUCCAGCUAUUUAUAACCUUGGCAGGUUUGAGCACUCUGCUAAAAAUAUGGGGAAGAUCUCAUAGCAGACUUCUUGUCAGAAAAACAGGAGGGCUGGAGAGGGCCGCUUAUCUCCCAGGGCUAAGUCUAUGACAUGCCCAUAACAAAGGCUCCCGUGUCUUCUAGCAGUCAGUGUUUGGCAGAAUAGUUACCAGCCUGCUGUUCGAAGGGGUGGUGUGGUGUAGGGAAUGAUACUGCUGAUGAGAUGUAAGAACUGAGUAGCUACACUGAGGUUCUGAAAAUGCCCCAAACCUUAAAGGCUUGAGCUAGAGCUGUGCUGUGGUUAGGAAGGAACAAAGCAGGAAUUCUUUUUGUAUAAUCUUAGUACAGAACUACGUUUCUAUUAAAGGAUAACUAACGUCCAGAUUUUGACCUUAAAAUCUCCCCCCACCUGUCUUUCCUGAAAGCAUACAAUUGAAAAACUUCAUAUUCACCCCAAGUUUUGAAGCAAGUCAAAAAGUGGGGAAAAGAAAAAUCACUCUAAGCAGAAGGGCUAGUCGGUAUGAAAUGUAUGAGAGUGACUUCUUUAUAAGUACACCUUCGUGGGGCAAGGUAACAGGCUUAAAGGUGAGCAAAACCUGGGUUGCUUACGUUGGACUUCACUUCUCACAGUCCUACUUGUGCCAGGGAAGAAAUUUACAUCCAAAAAUCUGACUAGUACAGAGUAGCUUGAUGUAUCUGUGUUGUUUGGAAAAGAAGCUUCACAGUGAGAAAGAAGCUUCACUGGCUCAAAGUGACGCAGCUUGAGCAGGGAGGAUUGGACCAGAUGACUCCAGAGGGCCCUUCCAGCCCCAACCAUUCUGUGAUACUGAAGUUUAGUCCAGAUUUUUGUAAAUGGUAGCUCUAGCCUACAUGACCCUAUGAUGUAUUUAAAUACAAAAGCUUUGGAUUGGGGGAAGCCUCCCUUCAUUCUGCAUUAAGGGAGUAGAUAUUGACUUUUACCCAAGCUCCUACCCAAACAGGACAGAGAUUGUUUUCAGGAGUUCUGACUUACAGGGAACAACAAAUCGGUGCCUUAGCAGACCAAAGUUGUACUUGAAAAUUUUGUCAACACAAGAGUUUCCACCUCAGUUAGCUCUUUUCUGUACUCGGAAAAAAGGCCUGAAGUUACAAUAUGCAGUUUUUGUUGUUUUUUCCCCCCCUCAAAUUUAUUAUAAUACUAAAAAUAGAUUCAUUACAGGGUAUACAUGUGAAUCUUUGUAUGCAGUGUUUGAGGUAACAUAUUAACUUCAAUACUGUUGCUUGUACAGUCCAGCAGGAAGAACAAAUUUCUUGGUAAUAACCAAAAAGCCUUGUCACAGCAGUGUGUUGACUGAUGUACGACCCCUAACGCGGACAGAAUAAAUGACCUAGUAUUAAAGUCAA